AUCCCUGUUAAGUAUAUAUAUGCUACAUACGAUUUAACAAAGGGUAUCGUGAUGUAUUAAACAAUGAUAUUCUUGAUUGGAGAAUAAGAUUGCGGCCAAAUUUAGGUAUCGCAUAUUUUACUGUGAAUUUGUUAUUUAUCAGAAAGGACCAUAACUUGUUACGAAAGAUAUGGACAGAACCACCUUAAUCAGUUUCAUUUCGUGUCUUAUUCUCGUGUGUCCAAUGAACGUACAUGGAAGACAUCACCAUCCACCAGACAAGCCUGAACACCAUUGGGAUUGGGAUAGUAAUAAAUAUGACGAAUGUCCAACGUCUGACUACUGUAACUAUUUCUACAGUCAAUGCACCUCGGACAAAGGAUAUGAAGUACGUUGUAAACAGUGUUCGUUCUUCCAGACAUGUAUGAAGGAUGUUAACCGCAUGACCGAUCCUUGUGACGACGUUUACAUAUGUAAAGAUGUAGAAACCUUCAAACAGGGUAUUGGAAGUCUUGUCAUCCUGAUCGUUGUCAGUGUAAUGGCGGCAGCCAUGUUUGUUGUUACUAGCUGUGUCUGUUACAAAUACAGAAUGCUGCAAAAUAAACUGAAGAAAAGGAAUAUGUCAACCAAGCAUAAUGCCAUCAGUGCAAUAUAUCCAGUUGCAGGAAACGGUACUCACGUGUCCAACACGUCAGAUGAUUUUUAUAGAAUUUCCAGUCCACCUCCACCAUACAGAGAACACAGUGAUGCACAGCGGGACCAACAUUUCAACGCCAUCCCUAACACAGUGAGGACCAACAAAGAUGGCUACCAGUACAAGGCACCAAAGGUAGAUGUCACAAAGAAAUAAUUCAUAGACAGACGACAAAUAAUUAUAUAUUUUGCAAUGUUACAUUUGAUAUAUUAACUAAAUAACAUAUUUGAUUUCGGAGUCUGUAAAACGUAUGAUUCUUUUCUAAAGUAUCCAUUUUUGGUGUAGUUUCUCAGGAACUACAAAUGACCAUAGCUUAGGGAGCUACCAUUUGAUUUUUAUGGGGGGCUAGGAUGAAAUUUGAAAAAAAAUAGGCAGGACAGGAGUUUUGAGUAAAAAAAAAGGCAGGAUGAGACACCCCCCCCCCCAUAAAAAUCAAAUGAUAGCUCCCUUACUGAAGCCUUUUCACAUUCAUCGAUCAUCAACUCCCUGUUUAUCGAAUAUUUGUACUGGCAAAAGGGGUACAGUAGUUCGUUAUCGUGAGGAAAAGUUUAAAUUUACACGUGUUUUUAGUUGCUUUGCUUUGUUUUGUUUCUUUGCUUUUUUCAUGUAUUGUUUUUUUUUUAUGUUUUCAUUGAGA